CUUCAUUCUCGACAAGACAACGACAACGACGACCACAACAAAAACAAUGAAUGCACCAAGAUGAGCUCCCCGUCUGCUUCAAGCGGUCCAGGAUCACCGAUCAGCCGUCGAUUUUCCCGUCUAUCAAAACGUGGCAAGCUCCGAAAUGGGACGUUCAUCCUCCCCGCAACAGGAGAGCGGAUUCGCAGGCAGAUAACUCUUCGAAAUCCAGAUAACUUCGAUGGAUCAGGGCGACAGAAUGGCCAGGACGGCGAAGCUUUCAUCUUCCCGCGAGGGCAAACCUUUUCGCAGGCUGGCACGUUCGGGGCGGCUGUGGACAAAACCGUUGAAUCCGUGAAGCAGUUGCGGGACCGCUUGCAGACGCCUACGGCGAAAGCGAUACUAAAAUGCUCUCUUGCGUACCUGUUGGGGAGCAUGGGGACUUUCCUGCCCCCGAUCGCCAACUUUCUGGGUCAUCAGGAUGGGAAACAUAUGGUUGCUACGAUCACGGUGUACUUUCAUCCAGCGCGGUCGGCGGGAUCGAUGGCAGAAGCUGCCAUGUUGGGUAUUGCAGCAUUUUGCUAUGCUGUCUUCAUCUCGGUGUCGUCCAUGGCCGUAUCGGUACUCUGCGAGACUCAAUUGGGCCUGAUUGAAUUGGGCUAUGCUCUUGUGUUGGUUGUCUUUUGCGGAGGUGGAUUGGGUUUCAUCGGCUGGUUCAAACAGAAAUAUGGUUCGCCACUGGUCAACGUGGCAUGCAGUCUUGCCAGUCUUGCCAUAAUAACUGUUUUGACGAAGGAAAAUGCGGUCCAAGUUGGAAUCUUCUCAAACGACAAAAUAGUGCAGGUUAUGAAGAUGGUGCUGAUGGGCAUUUUUGCAACUUCAGCUGUGAGCCUGCUACUAUGGCCCGUUUCAGCACGUGCAGAGCUUCGAGAAACCAUGAUUAGGGCGACAGGGUCAUUUGGUGAUAUGCUCACGAUGAUCACUCAAGGAUUCCUUAGCGGUUCCGAAGCAGACCUAGGGUCUACAGCUUUCAAUAACGCCCUGGGCCGAUAUAAGUCAGUCUUUACGCAACUGACAAAGAACCUGAAGGAGGCCAAGCUCGAGCACUAUGUGCUCGGGACUGAGGAUGAGUAUAAGCUGGAAGCUAGCCUUGUGAACUGUAUGCAAAGGCUGGCUCAGUCAAUUGGUGGACUUCGCAGUGCUGCAACCACCCAAUUGACGUUGCUACGUGAGGGAGCUGCUAUUGGAUCUGCAACGCCUACCGAAGAUGGUCUGUCUGCACAAGCAGUGGGGUUGGGUUUAUCACCUGUGCCUGGUAGGCAAGACAGAUUCGCUGUCUUGACAGCUAUUGAAGAAGCAUCCGAGGAGGGUAGCGGAGCCGAAGAUCAGUACACCCCCUCUCUAGGUACUCAGUCUCCAGGAUCUCGACCUUCACGGCUCGAGAGGCAGAACAGCGAAGCGAGCGUGACGAGUAUAUAUGUACCAACUGCUCGGACCCCAGCCGACAUAUUCGCGCGGUUCAUUUCGCACUUGGGGCCUUAUAUGAAGUCUUUGGCAUACACACUGUCCCAGAUACUCAACGAACUUCCGUUUGGGCCCGGGCCGGAUUAUUCAAUUAAUAUCAAUGAACAUUUCAGGACAAGCCUCAGUGAUGCAUUGUUGUUGUACAGCAAUGCUCGUGCCAAAGCUUUGAAGGAGCUAUACAAAAGCAAAGAAUUAGAUCAGGCAAGACCCGAGAGUAUCGAAGCCGAUUUUGAGGAAGUGGCAGCCAGUUGUGGCCAAUUCAGUUUCAGUCUCUAUGACUUUGGAAGCGAAAUGCAAAAUCUCCUGUCGAUCUUAGAAGACUUGAAACAACAAACUGAAAAGACGAAGAAGCGUUCCUGGAAAUGGCUGAAGUUUUGGCAGCGCUUUAGAUUUUAUAAGGGUUCCAGCGUUACUACGGAUCCAGAGCGAGAACCACUUAUAGAGCCGCCAUCUUCACAACCAGGUACAACCAAAGACAUGCCAGAACUAGUCAUGGGAAGGCGAGAUUCGAAAUAUUGGAAGCUCUCAUCACAAGAAGCACAUCCAACAGGAAGGUUCUACAACAAAUUGUUGCAUGUGAUGAGAGUCCUAGAACGAGAUGAUGUACGCUUUGCUUUGAAAGUUGGCAUUGGAGCUGCUCUAUAUGCCUUAUUUGCCUUCAUUCCGGCCACCCGGCCAUUCUAUCAACACUGGCGAGGGGAAUGGGGUUUGCUCUCAUACAUGUUGGUGUGCAGCAUGACCAUCGGAGCCUCAAAUACCACGGGAUGGGCACGAUUUAUAGGCACAUUCAUGGGAGCUGUUCUUGCCAUCGUAAUUUGGGUUAUGUGUCAAGGUAAUCCUUUUGCUUUGGCUUUCUGUGGUUGGCUUGUUAGUCUGCCUUGCUUUUACAUCAUCAUUGCUAAAGGCAAUGGUCCUUUUGGACGAUUCAUCAUGCUUACAUACAACCUUUCCUGUUUGUAUGCGUACAGCUUGUCGAUAAAAGAAACCGAUGAUGACGAUGAUGAGGGAGGCGUCACUCCAUUUAUCUUCGAAAUCGCAGGACAUAGAGUAGUUGCCGUCCUUGCGGGUGUCGUCUGGGGACUCAUUAUAACGAGAAUUAUUUGGCCGAUUUCAGCACGACAAAAGCUCAAGGAUGGCCUAUCUCUCCUCUGGUUGCGAAUGGGCUUGAUCUGGAAGAGGGAUCCUUUAUCGACGCUUUUGGAGGGGGAAUCUCAGCAUGCUUACAUGAAUCUUCGUGAAGAAUUCGCUCUUCAAAGAUACCUCCUCAGCCUCGAGGGCCUUCGAAAGGCAGCAUGUAGCGAGUUCGAGAUACGAGGUCCUUUUCCUGCAGCGCAAUAUGGGCGUAUCCUAGAAUCAACGCAUAGGAUACUAGACGCAUUCCAUUCAAUGAACGUAGUGAUACAGAAGGACCUACAUGCCAGUGAAGGAGAAACCCUACUCUUGAAAUACACAGCACAUGAACGAGCUGAGCUGUGCGCCAGAAUCAGCCAUCUCUUCCAAGUUCUGGCAAGCUCGAUGAAGCUCGAAUAUUCCCUUAACAACACAGUACCGAGUACAACGCAUUCGCGCGAUAGAUUACUCGCCAAGAUGUUUCAGUAUCGCAAGGAUGCAGCUGGUGCCGAAGAAGGUACCACCGUGGCAACGGAUGAGGAUUUCGAGAUCUUGUAUGUGUAUACGCUCGUUACCGGGCAGUUGGCCGAGGAGAUCAAGAAGGUCGAGAAGGAGGUGGAGGAUUUAUUUGGUGUCAUGGACGAGGAGUCGCUCAAGUUACAAUGAGCGUUCGUAUAGGGUUAAAAGCAACCUAGGAUUAUGGGUAUAAUCAAGGAUGGAAGCAGAGGAAUUAGCAAAGUUAGGAGUCAAAAAGGGCGGGAUGGUG